AUGGUCACACACACACCACCCACACUGAACAUACAGCAGCCUGAAGCCACCAGUCUGAAACAGUCAGUGAAGGAUCGCCUCGGACCGUUACCCUCCCGCAGCACGGAGCCCCUGCAGGACGCCACGUCACCGUCACAGUCGUCUCAGAGUGCAGCUCGCUCGGUGAAGCAGCGCCUGGGCUUCUCUAAACCCGCAGCUCCGGGAGGAAAGGUCUUCUCCACGUCCACCGGACUCACCAAGACCUUCUACAACCCGGCGGCCGUUACGCCCGGGCAGAAGGUGGCGGCGGUCGGCAAGGCGCCCGGCACCGAUGAGGCGCUGAAGAAGAAGCAGGAGGCGCUGAAGCUUCAGCAGGACGUGAGGAAGAAGAAGCAGGAGAUUCUGGAGAAGCACAUCGAGACUCAGAAGCUGCUCAUCUCCAAGCUGGAGAAGAACAGGUUGAUGAGAGCCGAGGAUAAAGCUCAGCUGAUGCAGACGCUCACCACCCUCACCAACAGCAUCAGCAACCUGCAGCAGGAGAUCAAGUGUCUCUCACACACACAGCUGCCAAUCCACCCUCCGCACGCCUGUAUCAAGAGUAAAGCUCAGGCUCAGAAGGAACUGCUGGACACCGAGCUGGACCUGUAUAAGAAGACUCAGGCUGGAGAGGACACGGCUCAGCUGAAGCUCAGAUACACACGGCUACAGCUGGAGGCGGCUAAGCGGGGCAUUCUGACCUCUGGUCGUGGGAGGGGGACCCACGCCCGGGGUCGAGGCUCGGCGCGCGGCAGAGGCAUCAGGGGCCGGCCGAGAGGGGCCCCGACCCACGCCGUGGUGGAUCAUCGACCCCGCGCGCUGGUGAUCGGCGGCUUCGCCGAGGCCGACCGGGUCGACCUGCUGCCACACUUUGCGCAAUUCGGCGAGAUCGAGGACUGUCAGAUGAACGACUCCAGUCUCAGCGCCAUCAUCACCUUCAGAACCCGAACAGAGGCAGAACAGGCGGCCGUUCACGGGGUGCGGCUGAACCAUCAGGUCCUGCGUCUCUCCUGGUUCAAACCGGCCGCCGCCCUGAGCAGCGGAGAUCCAGACGAAGCGGAACCGGAGGAGGACGAGUACCAGGAGGACACUCUGGUGGACGACGCCCUGCUUCAGGACGACGACGAAGAGGAGGAGGACGACGCCGAGUCGCGGCCCUGGCGCAGAUGAAGACGUCUGACCGCCGGCCCCGCCUCCAGCGUCCCGCAUCACUUCCUGCUCUCUUUUUGAAAUGAUUGUUUUUAAUUAAAGUUUGUUAGAAACACAA